GGCCCUGGCCCGCUGCCUUACAUGGGCAAACCUCUGAGCAAUCCGAGCAAACUCUCAACUCACUCAGACGGCUGGAAUUUCACAGCGUGACGUCACCGCCUACAACUCUCCCACUAUUUGGAUCAAGAAGUUUCACUUUUUUUGGUGGGAUUUCAGCGUCUCGUACAUUUCCUAGAAAGCGAGAUUUCAACAUACUGCAAACAACUUCAGCAGUUCUCCAGAACUUCCUGAGAUCCAAAGGGAAGAAAAAGUGCUGCAAAGAGGUGGCUAUAAAUAUCGGGAAGAGCCCAGGAAAAAGCCAAAGGUGUGUGAUCCUGUGGUCCUGACCAUCACCGCUUUAAAAACCUUGAACCAUGUGGAACGCAGCGAAUAACCAGACGGGGCAAGUGGCUGCCAGGAUGGAGACUACGCCGUCUAUGGGCAGCGCCAGCAUCUCCAUCUCCCAGCAACAGGCGCCCAAGAAGUUUGCCCCCAUGGUUGCACCCAAGCCCAAGUUCAACCCCUACAAACAGAUGGGAGAAGCCCCCUAUGACCCUGCAGCGGACUACCCUCCCCCUCCACCACCUGCUGAAGAUGCAGCCUUCCCCCCUCCGCCGACGGCCAACUCAUACGAUCAUCAGAUGAGGGGGCCAGAGAAGACCCUGGAGGAGCGGCGCUCCAGCCUGGACGCAGAGAUCGACUCCCUCACCAGCAUCCUGGAGGACCUGGAGAGCAGCUCGCCCUACAAGCCCCGAAACACCCAGAAUACCGGGACUUUGGAGCGCUCCAGCGGCAACACUCCGGUCACUGGUUAUAAGCGCAUGGUCAUUCCAAACACGCCUCCUCUGACGGCCACCAAGAAGUCCACCCCCAAACCUCAGGCCCCAGGGGGGGGCUCAGCGAUGCCGCCUUACUCCGCCAGCCCGGUGACCAAGCCUCAAAGCCACAUGGCUCCCCAGCCUGUGCCGGCCUCCUACGCUACAGCGUCCACCCCGAGCCAGCCCACCUUCAACGUCCAGGUGAGGUCGGCCCAACCGGGCCCCCAACACCAAGCCCCGGGGGGGCAGCAUUUUGGCCAAGUGCCGGUCCGCAGCCCCGCACAGGUGCAGUACAUGCCCGCCCAGCCCAAAGGUCCCGACUUUGCUUACGGACCACCACAGCCCGGCUUCUCCCCGAUGGCCCCUCAGGAGCAGCAUCAUCCAGGAGGAGUGAGCUCCAGGAGACCCGACCUGGUCCCGGCCCAGGGAUACCAGCCCUCCGGGCCCAAGAAGACCUACAUCACUGAUGUUCCCCCUGCCAUGGUGACCUACACCGCUGGACCAGCUGCUCCAAUAAAGGGCGGCGCUCCCGGGGCUCACCCAGAGGAUGAACUGGAGCGCCUGACCAAGAAGAUGCUGUUUGAUAUGGACAACCCUCCGUCUGAGGAAUAUUUCGGGCGCUGUGCCAGCUGUGGGGAGAACGUGGUGGGGGAGGGCACCGGCUGCACCGCCAUGGACCAGGUCUUCCACGUGGACUGCUUCGUGUGCAUGACCUGCAACACCAAGCUGCGCGGCAAGCCCUUCUACGCCGUGGAGAAGAAGGCGUACUGCGAGCCCUGCUACAUUAACACCCUGGAGACCUGCACCAUCUGCAGUAAGCCCAUCAUGGAGCGCAUCCUGAGGGCUACGGGGAAAGCCUACCACCCUCACUGCUUCACCUGCGUGGUGUGUCACCGCAGCCUGGACGGCAUCCCCUUCACCGUGGACGCGUCCAACCACAUCCACUGCAUCGAGGACUUCCACAAGAAGUUUGCUCCGCGCUGCUGUGUGUGCUCCGAGCCCAUCAUGCCAGCGCCGGGCCAGGAGGAGACCGUCCGUAUCGUGGCCCUGGACCGUGACUUCCACGUGCAGUGCUACCGCUGCGAGGACUGCGGCAGCCUCCUCUCGGAGGGGGACAACCAGGGCUGCUACCCACUGGACGGGCACGUCCUCUGCAAAAACUGUAACAGCAGCCGCAUCCAGGCCCUCACUGCCAAGGCCACCACGGAUCUCUGAGCAGCCGCCGCCUCGUCACCUCCACUGUGAUAUCCCAGCUCACGCACUCCCUUUUUGUUUUUUUUUUUCUUUGCAAAAGUACCCAUCUACAGAGAGCUCCAUCCUUCAGCGUAUACAUAUAUCGUAUAUCUCUCUAUAUUUAUAUCCACUUUGUUACAAAAUAUUGCAUCACAUGUUCGCCUGCGUACAUGCAACUACUGUGACUCGGUACAACUACGGCAGGGGAGGUCUUAUUUAACUGCUUUAUUAAGAUGAAUAAUUUUACACAUUUCUGCAGGUACACUCAGACCCCUCCAGGCGAAGGAGGUGACGACCGCUCUCUCUUUCACGUCUGCAGGCCGAACACGCAGCUACUAGUGGGAGCUAGGUAGCUUAGCUUUGGGUGAAGGGUGUAACGGCUCGCCCGGCUCUGUCCACAUUACAAAAUGCUUCCUGUAGCACCUUUAAAGCCGAAGCAGAAACAGAGCCUCGGAGCUGAACCGCUGCUUAAAGCAAUCGCUUCAUAUCCUCCAGUUAACUGUGACAAGAUACACAUGCAUGCAUUGACCUCAGUGUUGUGAUCUAAAGAAGCGACCGCCUCCUCCAGAACUCUGGAGGUGAGGUCACGGAUGAGUGUGUUUGUUUGUGAGAAAGAAAGAAAGACACUGUAGCUCUAGCAGUAUUUAGAAAAACCACGAGUUGCUUCAAACGUGUGUGUUGUUGUGUGUCGCAAGAAUACGACAUAAAAGAGAGCAGAACUUCAAAACUGUUCUGCACAACCGAACACCAAAGAAGUGAGUUAAACUGCCGUAUUUCCUGUGCACUCUUUGUUUAUGCAAGUGUAUUAAACGUUAUCUACAGCGUGCCGAACGAGACCACAGGAAAUACUGUAAUUUUUCUCUGUCUAGAACAAAAUCCUCAACAAGCAGCUUUUGGAUAAAAUAUGAAGCCCGAAACCCGUCGAAACCCGUCGAAAUGCUCCCUAAAGUAGCCAGUAGAUCAUUUCAGUUGGUCCAAGCAGCACAAUCAUGAAAUGCCAUUCAUAUAAAUAUAGUCUUGCAGUACUAUUUAAGUUUUCUAUUAUUUUUUUUUGUCACAGAUAAACGAGUAACCCCCCCCCCCCCCCCAAAAAAAAAUAGAAAUAAAAAUCCUCCUGCCAGAGUAGAUGUGAGCAGUGUGGCAGUAUGGAGUAAGUAAUAGUACACAACUAUGCAAUUUCCAAUGUUAAUUGCAUUGACACUUUAUAAGAAAUUUUAUGAAUAAGGAAAUAUUUUACCUGUACAUAUCCAGCUGUGUGUGUCCCUGCGCUGUUUGCCUGCAUCGACACACACAUUUUAUAUUUUGUGUUUGUUUUAGUUGAUGGGAGAAGAAGGGACCAUAGUGGUUUGGACCGGCAGAUCCACUUUAAUCUGAGAGUCCAGACUAAUUCCUGCAGCGGUAAUAAUAAGAGAAAGGGCUCUGGCAGGGAGCUGAAGGAGCCCUGUGGAGUUUUCCCACACGUAGAGGUGGAACAGGGGAGGUUUUAAAGCAUUUUAUCUGAAUCACGCAUGCACGCACGCACAGAGUAAGGCGGACACCGUGAUGGUUCAGGGUAGGAGAGGUGGUGUUGACAUUUCAUUCAUAACAAAUGACUGAAAUAACAGAAAACCAUGAGUGUGACAUGGAGACUGAUGAUGGACGCAAACACGGAGAAAACAGUAGAGACGUGCAGGUGACACAGGAAAGCCCGCAAUCAGAGAAAAUGACUUCAAAUAAUUACAAAACAAAGGAAAACAAACAAAAACCGCGUUACAUCUCGGAGUCGCGGUUGCCACUCAGCUUUUUUCCAGUCAGGAGAAUUUAAUUAAGUUGACCGAUGACACGACAAACAUUUGUUUUUCUUUGUUUUUUCCCCCCGCUGCUGUUUCGUAUUGACGGUUGUUUACAAGGAAAGCGCUGCGGCAGCGAAGCCAGUAGGAACACGGCCCAGCAACAGAAGAGAAAAACCGCAGGAUUCAGGCAGUUUCCAGCUCAACAUGUUUCCUCGUGCUCAGAAACACAGAAGCACAACAUUCACGUGUUCACAAAAAAACUCCACAGGGUGCCUUUAAGCAACAAAGACCAUGUAAUGAAUAAGUAAUUACUAGUAAGUGUUUGCCAGCGUAUCAGCUGGACUAGUUUGCAGUCAAUCACACAAACACAAGUGUUUCUCCAUCCUCAGAAAUCUCUUGUGCCUUUCGAUGAUUAUGUCCUGAACAAAGCUGUUAAUUAUCAGUGCCUUUUUGUUUCUCUCUUUCCCGAUUUCUUCUCACAUCGGUUGGUAAUGUUGGCGGUCCUCCAAACAAGCAAUCUCUAUAAAGUCCUAUCUGUGUUAAUCAAUAUGUGUGAGUGCAGCAGAUCAGGUUCAUCAGUCUCAGCAAAGGCAGUGUCGUUACCAUGGGAACACUUUGUAAAUAACUGCGCUAAUAAGGUUGUGAAAGUAACACUGAGACUUGUGAGAAUAUUUCAGACAUUUGCAUGAGCUUGUUUUCUAUCCAAAAUUAGACUGAGAUCAGUAUUUAAAAAGUAAAGGAGUAUUGGGAGGUGAGAAGAUUGGAUGGUGUUUGGCAGCAGACGGACGUCAGUCACGCCCUCACAGCUGCCGGAUAAACCAGUCUAAGCAAUCUGAACUAAAUAUUUAUGGGCUUUUCCCAUCAAGAUUUCACCUGACGCACGACGAGAUUUAUAAUAGUUUAAUAGAGUUGAAUUUAGUUUGAGAUGGAGCAGGUCCACUGCUUUGAAUAUUAAUUGAGAUCUGCAGUUUUAACGAUACUCCAGAAUGUCUCGUUCCAGACGCUCAGUAACAGUCCUGCCAAACCUCUUUUAUUUUAAAAUCCUGUAAAUAAAUUUGAGGAUGAUUUGCAAAAGUUGCACCUGCGGAGGAAAGACAUUCCACUCUGUGCUUCUCCCUAGAGAAACAAAUCCUUCCUGUUUCCCUUCUGAUGUGGGGGGAAAAAGAUGAGAUGUUUAUUUCACAUUUCUUUUUAUUUGUUAGGAAUUUUUAAUAUGUAGCCAUAUUUGUAUUAAUGACGGACGUAGCCGGAGAAAACUUGCCAGGAAGAAUUUGCGUGUGCCUUUGAAUGAAGGCCUGCGUGCCGCUCAGUCAACGGUAAACACAGGAUUAUUUAUAAAGUAGAGUCAGUUUCAAACUCGGGGUUGGUUUUAUUAGCAUGUUUUCUGCAAAGCGUUCCCCGCUGUGGCCUUGUACUCAGCUAGAUCUCUGCUGGGUUCAGAGAGGUCUCUGGACAACGUUUUCCUGAUUGAGCUGAGAAUAAACGCAGCGCUUGACGUUUAGAGAAACGUUUAGAGGGGACCAGUCAGUUCUCUGCUCUUUCCUCCGCCCUCGUAUGUAAAAGUGCCUUCGGCUGAGCAGCGGUGAAUCACUAAACUGUCGCCGUGUAUUUCAUACUUUGCUCUGCCUCAAAAGAUUUGAGCUUGUUUACUUGUUUUUUACCAAAGUAAAUAAAGUUUUUGUUUUGUUUUUCUGGACCAACUCUGUAUCCACACGUAUGUUUCCACCAGGCCGGAUGCUUAACGGCGCUGCAGCAGCAGAGGCUUUAGUGGAGUUGAGGGUGAAAGUCUUAGUCAGCUGCUGCUGCUGAAGCCAAGCGUCUGCUCUGGAUCUG